AGUCGAUUUUUGUUGCUCAGAGCUGCGAAGGCAGACAAACACUUUCUGUUUAGUACAUAAUGUGCCUUGCUUCUAAUGUCACCCAAUGGAAAGUCUCUCCCAUGCAGCGUAUCGACCGGCAAAAUCGAUUGACGGCGAUGUCAAGGCUUUUGCAGCUCUAGCCGAUGGUGAUUUGUGUUAGACAAGUCCUACUGUACACCGCACACUUUUGGCCCUGCGUCAAAAUUAUUUUUGGAGCAAUCAGGUUACAUACACAAUGUCGAUGGCCGAGACCCUGGACUACCUCGUGGUGGGCAACCCUGUCAGCCAGAUGAUCAUCCUGACCGCCAAUGCCUUCCUGCAGAGCAUCGGCCUGCUGCCGCCGAAGUGUCCCGCGGAGGACACGCUGCUCGUCUUCCAGCCCUCGUCGCACUCGUUCGUGCGCUCGCACAGCUCACUGUACUGCCUCGCCGGGAGCCACUAUCACUUCAUGCGGCUGGCCGGGAUCGGCGGAGCAUCGGCCAUCUUCAUGGGCGCCUACUGCAAGUACGUGCUGCGGGACCUGGAGAGUGUCCGGGAGCAACUGGACUCGCAGGCCUUCGCCGAUGUGGCCAACCGCAUCCACUUCCUGCACUCCUUCGCCCUGAUGGCCAUGCCCCUGGCCCACUAUCCCUUCCUCACCGGAGCACUGAUGAUCACUGGCACCCUCUUCUUCAGCGGUUCCAUGUACUACCGCGCCCUGACUGGCGAGAAGUGGAUGCAGCCGUAUGCCACCAUCGGGGGAUUCUGCCUCAUGGGCGCCUGGCUGUCGUUGGUCCUCUAGAAUCCGAGUACUACUUGUGUAGCUUGUCCCGAAUGGUAUUGCCAGAAUGCCCAGACGAAUCUCGCGUCCUAACUACGCUAUAUAGUAAAUAUAUAGUCCGUCUUAAAAGUGAACUCUGGUGGCGUUUGCAGCCCGUGGAAGACACUUUUAAGAUAUAUAUUUCUAUGAGCUGUUGGCCAAAAGUCCACACAUAGAUCCCUAAAAUCAAAUAAAUACAAUAUAGGUGUUUCUUAUGGGAAAUUAUAAUAUAUAAACUAAGAAAAACUCGAUUUUUGGGGCGACUAUUGUAGCGUUGCACUAUGAUAUUAGGAUCUUUCUUCGAACUUUUACAUUACCCAUCGGUUAAUCCUCCUUUGUUACAGGCAAUUCUGCCAAAAACGCUUUUAAAAAA